GUGCACGGCCAGUUAUUCGCCCAAAACACAUGUUCACACACGUUCAUCACGUACAACAAAGCGACGAUCGUGUAUAUUCAUGCUCAAACACACCGAUCUGUUUCCCAGGCUUGUUGGACACCAAGAACUUCCAUGAAGUGGUUAUUCGACUGAGGUCCUGGAUAAGGAGCAGGUUGUACAUUAUGAUCCUUACAUCUCUACGAUUUUCGAGUCAUUUUUGAGAGAUACAAGCAUCCACCCGGCCCGGCCCGCCAUCCAUGAGCUGUGUUGUACUUGUAGUAGUAGUAGUGCAGUGUGAGACUACAAGUUGAGCCGUGUUUACUCGCCACACUACAUGUAGUACAUUUUCACUGUCACUACCUACCAUUCAUCGGAAUUGGAUGAGCAAAUGUACCUUCUAUCUGGAAAUUAUAUUUUGGAACUAGUUUUGUCGUACUAGAACAUCGGGAUAAACAUCUGAUUGCAGGAUAUGUACAAUAUAGACGGUUGUUCCAAGUUAAUUUGCAAUUCUGGACAGCAGGGAAAUGUAGGAGACCUCGCAGUUUCUUCAAAAAUCAACUUCUAGCCGAGACGAAACAAGGUCCUGGCCUAACUUCGUUUAAAAAAAUACGAUAUUGGAGAUUGAUCAUCGUACAAGAUGGCAUCGACAGAUUCAAGUCCUUCCAGUGAUGACACAAACCUAUCAACUUACCACAUCGCUCCGUACAGCAGUCCUAACAAGAGCCAGAUCGCUAGGAACCUACAACCAGACCCGAGUCAACCUGGACCUUCUAGUGUUGGUCGCCCAUCCUGUUCUAGUUGGUCUCCCCAAUCAGAGCGGCCUUUCACGCCAAGAAAAAACCGCACCGCAAUGGUAGCUUCUGAGAUAGACCGAACCAAUACCUCAAGUUCCUCUUCAGACUCGUCCUUAGGAGAGUCAAGAUCUCCUGACGUCAUUUGGCGAGAUGACUCGCCUGAAAGAGCAUGUGGAGGUAACAUUCCCACCAGGAUGUUCUCCAACACAUCUCGUCAGAGAAAGAGAGCUUAUUCAGAUGACUUUCACUAUAGUAAACAUGCAAAGUUGAUGCACAAAUAUGAUAGCUGCGUCUCUGACAUGUCCGAAUUCUCCCCGGAUUCAGCCAAUUGCUCUACACAAACGUCACUGAAGGAUGAAUCAAAUGGAAGUGGGCUGAACGGUCAUAGUUCCAGCGGGAUGAACAGUGACCAGGAGAAGCAGGAAAAGAUAUCCCAGGCCACCUUUGAUAAAGUCCUGAUUGAUGCUAACCAGCGGAGGCACAUCCGAAAUAAGGCCAGGAACACGGGCACCGACUCUGGUUCGGACUCAAGCUCCGGGAACAUGUGCUUGGACAUGACGAUGACAAGUCACAUGACUGAUGUAGUUGGUACUUCACAAAAGUUGGACAGUACAACCUCUGAAUCCUCAGGCAUUGGAGCCAACUACAUGUCGUCAGUUCAGUGUGAUUUCCAGUUGCCCCGAUCUACAAUCAUGGCUGGCGGUGUCACUAACAGUAGCACUGGUGUGUCAACCAUGUACAAUAGCCAAGGAAAUAAAGUCUCUGACGAGAGCAAACAAGAAAGUAUGUCCAGUGGCAGCAGUGGAGCGCGUAAGAGACAUGUCCCAUGGUCAAUAGCACGCUAUUAUUAUCAAACAAAACGACCUCCACUUUCCCAAGAUGUGUCAGUAGAUGGUGAUGAAGGUAACAUAGAAAUGAAUAAUUUACCAAGCAGGCGUAUUGGACAACCUGAGAGGAAGCGGAAGCGGUUUCAUAGGACUUUCACAGCACUAAGACAAUGUGGCCUUUUAGAUCUCACAAUGCAAACUGCUUCUUUGAUGGAGCAAAACUCAAAGCUCCAGAAGCAGCUUGGUGAGCUGCACCGUCAGGCGCACCUUAUGUACCAUACUGUGAGUCAUUUUUCUAAAAUUCAACCAAAUGUAUUAGGUAGUCCAGAAACACAGAAAGUCAUGGACGGACUAAAAGCAAUGAUGGACAGAAACCCUGUGGAGGACAUCGAUAUGUCUUUGUUUGAAUCCUUGUCAGGUUCAAGAGACUCUCCUGCUGUGGAGAGUGGGACAUUUACUAUGAGUAAUCAGAUUCCAUCCGUCUCUGUUGAAUCCUCGGAGAGAUCUGGUGCAUUGAGGAUACCUGGCCACCAAGGCCCAAGAAACAGUUCUGACAGUGCCAUUCAAUCAUCAAUCAAUGCAUCAACAUUCUCACCAAGUGAAAAAUCGGGACAGUAGAUUAUUAUGUAAUGGUGGCUGUUUCUGUGAACUCAUUGUGUUGUUGUAUUAGCUGUUGGUAGAUAUUUUCAUCCUAUGAGGUGAUUUGAAAGUUUUCUGCUUCCUAUACUUUGUAAGGAUUACCCCUGCAUAAAAGAAGAAAUGUUAGAAGGUCACACCCUAAACUAUCUUCUUGAUGUAUGCAAUAUUACAUUUUUACGUUGCAAGUAAGAUGUUGAAAAAACAGUUUCUUGGUAUCCAAAGGCAAACUACAGAAAUGGGUGGUUUGAUCCCAUUAAAAACGGUCCCCGUACACGCUGCAGGAUGUCUUACUUAAAAUCUAACCUCUUUUUUCAUAAGCUCAUUGGCUUAAGUAACUGAAAUAAAAAUGUGUACAUUUCCAUAGAAGUCUCUCAGAAUAUGGAAAGAAUAAAUGUUUGUACAGUUACAAUGCAAAUUAUGUAUUUGUUUCGAUUGAAAAAAAAACCUAGGUAAUGGUCUUGAGGCUGGAUUUAGAGGUAUUUUUCUCUUGUUUUAUACCUCGGUCACAUUUGCUCUACGGCGGCCGUACGGCGAGUGGAAAACAGCCGUUUUAACAUCUUCUACCAUAGCUAAUUAUAGGUAGUAUGAAUAAUAAUGAAUACAAUGGCUGUUUUCGACUCGCCGUACGGCCGCCGUAGAGCAAAUGUGACAGAGGUAUUACGUAUACAAGACAAUUAAUAUUUAACAUAACUGAAAAAAAACCCGAAGUUGUAGUGUUCAUCUUUUACAAUAAAGUUUUGUUAUAGGUACUUAUGUUACUCUUUUGAAAUAUAUAUGAUUAAUAAUGAGUUCUGCCAGACUAAAAAAAAAAAUCGAAAUGGAUCUAAUGGCACAUAUCUGUGUGACGUUCAUAUCUAAACAAGGACAUCCGUUUCUUCAAGAUAAGUAUAGAACGAUAAAACGAAGCCGUGUUGUACACGUGUCUAGCAGGCCUACACAAUCCUGUAAGGAAAUAUUGACUCUUUGCAAUGUCCAAUAAUACUAGUAAAUUGAGAGAAAUAUUAAAAGCAAAUUCCAGUUUAGGUUGGCAGUUAGUCAUGGACUAUUUGAGUGUGAUACUUAUCUUGCUGUUUACCGUAUUUAAUCCGUGAGGAUUUACCUUACCAAAUUUAAUGCUCGUGUACCAGAGUUUGAGUUUCUUUAUCGUAGUAGAAUCCAUGGCAGUAUGUCAAGAUCCAAUUCUUUCUCAACUCCCCAAGUAUUACUCAAAGUACUGCGAUAAUAGAUAAUGCAAGUUAAUUCCUGUUUUAAUGCUUCAGAAUAUUCCAGACUACGGGGAAACUUUCUCCACCCACCAAUUCCUUUGAAAAUGCAAGUCAAAUCACAAUGGAGAGCUGGGAGGCUUUUGUCGAAAGUUGGUGGACCGGGACAGCAUCGGAACCGUUGACUCCGGACAACGACAUAUUUGCGAUUGUUCGUCCGGUGCAAAUCUUUGGAUGAUCUGCUGUCCCAGUCCACCAACUUUAAACAAAAGCCUCUCAGCUCUCCAUUGUGAUUUUAAUUGCAUCUUCAAAAGAAUCGAUGCGUUUCCCCGUAGUAAAUACGAAAACUACCUAAUGUUUUGGAAUAACGAACCUUUGGAUUUCGGAAUAAUGAAUCUUCACACAAAGUAACGAGCAUAUAUCCGACAUUCAAAGGUAUAGUGAACGUUUCUUCUUUUUUUUCGCUGCAAUGUAUAUAUUCACUUUCUUGAAGGUUGGUUAGAAAGGUCAUUUAUUACAUUUUGCAUUUUCUAAAAGAAAAACACCAAGCGUAAGUAGUGGUAUUCAUAAGGUGAUAUUGGAUGAAGAGUAUUGAAUUUUAUCAUAAUAAGGUAGUAGGAAUACAAGCAAGCUGAUUCCAUUCUUAUCCAACGAGAUGCCUACAUUAUUCCUUUGAAGUCAAUUAAGAGGUAGGAAGAGAUUUGUCAACCUGUUUUUGCGCGAUGGCUGGACAUUCAAUUAUCUAUGUUUAUAGCUAUCACUACCAAAUAAAAUCUUUUUGUAACAAGGUCCUUAAUCUGUAAGACUCAUGAUUACAACCUUGCCAAAUAGGUAGAAAGUCUGAAGCAUUUUAGCGGUUCCAGAUGAUCUGUAUUUUGAUUGUCUUUACAUCCAUGUAUUUUCUUAACAGCAAGCAUACAAUGUUGUACAUAGAUUGAAUUAAAAACUUUAACUUUCGAUAACUUA